AUGGUUUUGGGUGAUCAACGAAAGAGAAAACUGGAAAAGGCUUACAAAGGUUGUUUAGAAAACAAUCCCAAAAUUAUCUUUAAAUCCCUUUUAUUUAAAGCCUACCAAUUAUUGCGUGAAGCAAAUGACCUCGCAGAGUGGAUAAAGUCACGAGAAACAGUUGCUUCUCAACAAGAAAUUGGUCAAGAUUUGGAACAUGCAGAAGUAUUACAAACAAAAUUCAAUGACUUUAAAUGUGACUUGAAAGCAAAUGAAGUUAGAUUACAAGAAAUGAAUCAAAUUGCUACUAGUUGGAAGGCUUUAGAACAAAAGGCGGAACAAAGAGGGCAGCAAUUAGAAUCUGCACAUGAAGUUCAACGUUUCCAUAAGGACGUGGAGGAGACGAGGGAUUGGAUACAAGAAAAGAAUGAAGCUUUGGAUACUGAAGAUUUUGGUCGUGAUCUUCGUUCAGUCCAAGCUCUACAAAGAAAACAUGAGGGAGUUGAAAGGGAUUUGGCUGCUUUAGGGGAUAAAAUACGUGCUUUAGAUGAAAAAGCCAAUCGUUUACGCUUUUCUCGCUCAAGAGGACCCGACUGGGGAUAA